AUGAGGCUUUCCACUUUCCUCGCGAGGUUUAGCUACGUAUGGGCGACUCAGGGCCUUCUUGUACAAUCCGUCCAAGGCCACCACCAGGAUGCCAGGCCGGUUUCCGAGUCCAGCACUGAUGAUGGCUCCGGUGCGAGCCAGAUUCCCGCCAGAAGUGGCCUGUUACAUCCGCGGCAAGGUUUCGAUGCCAGAGCCGCAGCAAAGGCAGCCAUCGACGCUUUAAACACCAAAUUCUAUUCCUCUACGGAGGCCAUCUGGUCGCCUGGCGCUCCUUGGUGGCUGAGCGGCGUUGCCCUGACCAGUGUUAUAGACUACAUGCGGAAGACAGGUUCCAGAGAUUACCUAGCCCAGGUCGAGCAUAUGAUUCACGUGCAAAGAACCCAGUGGUCCAACACCGGCGGCGACUUUCGUGGUCCGUCGACUGACGAUACGGGGUGGUGGGCGCUCGCCAUGAUCCGGAUGUACGAUCUAACAGGUAACGACUCCUACCUCGACAUCUCGGUCGAGGACGAGGCAUACAUGUACGACUGCUGGACCCUGUCCCCCUGCGGCGGCGGGAUGUUUGUCGACAUCGCGACCAAAACAUACAAAAACGCCAUCGCCAACGAGCUAUACAUUAAGCUCGCGGCAUCGUUGCAUAAUCGCAUUGCCAACGGCAUAGAUUACCUCGCCCGGGCGGAAACCGCUUGGACAUGGUUCCAGGCAUCGGGCAUGAUCAAAAACGACAGCUUGAUUAACGACGGCCUGACCGCAAGCAGCGACGGCGUCUGCUACAACAACAACCUGCCUGUAUGGACCUAUAACCAAGGUGUCAUCAUCGGCGCCCUUGUUGAACUCUACCAAGCCACCGCCUCGGAGGCCUACCUGACCAACGCCUACACAAUAGCCGACGCAGUCCUCUCGUCCCAGACCACCCCGCAGCUCACCCGGGACGGUAUCCUGACCGAAGGGGCCUGCGAGCCCGACGAGGCGAACGGCUGCAACCACGACCAGCAGGUCUUCAAGGGCGUGUUCGCCUACAACCUGGACGAGCUGAGCAACGCGAUCCCAGACGGCAGUGCCAACCCCUACCGCAGCUAUCUGCAGCAGAACGCGCAGAGCGCCUACACGCACGCGAGGGCCGAGGCGACCGACCUGUACGACGUCAGCUGGGUCGGGCCGUUCCGGAACUCGACCAUUGGGAAGCAGGCGAGCGCGGUCGGGCUGCUGGUUGCUGCUAUCUGA